AUGCGUACAGGUGUUGCGCUAUGGAUGCGCUCAGGUAUGAGCUGUAAAAAUGCAGUUAUCAACAAGGCUAGUGGAAAUGCUGCUACCGUAGCAGCAGAUUUAUACUUGGAUCCCUCCAAGUGGAAGGCUCUGCAACCCCAUCAGAUCUUCGAUUUGUACAGAGAGCGUGUCGUGAAACUUGGGUCUCAGUAUAAGCCUUCCAAAGAAGAAUUGGAUGCGCUACUUUCGACGGCAGAGCAUACAGGCGUGUCACCCAGAUCCAUCCGGGCAGUAUACUAUGGCGGUGAGCAAGCAGCCUACGACCUGAACGGCGUUAAUAUGGAAGAUGACUACAAGCCCAAGCCAUUCAUGUUUGACGAUUUGCCCUCUCAAGCUCAAACAUUGGUCCAGCAGCACCGUGAGCAACGUUUUUACAAUAGGCUGGCUGCCUACGAACUGCCUACUCUAGCGCAGUAUCGUCAGGAAUACAAGAGACCAUCGCCCAAAACGAAUCCUGUCACCUACAGAUACACCACUUAUAUCGGAGAAGAACAUCCUAACGCCCGUAAAGUUGUUGUAAGUCUCAAGACCAACGAUAUUGGCCUGACCGAUAAGGAAGUCCACAAAUUUCGUUUGUUGGCGCAAACUCGUUACGAUCAUCUAACUGAUGUUUUCAAAAUGUCAUCUGAUAGGUACCCGGAACCUGCUCAAAACGCACGGUAUUUGAGCGAUGUUCUGCAAUCGCUCAUCAAAGAAUCCAAGGACACCUCAAAUGACUUUUCUGACGUGCCCCUGGAUACAAGACACACAAUAGCCAAAAACUUGCGCAAGAACAGACGUGACUACAAAUUUCCAGAGGAGUGGAAAAGACCCGAGGAUGCACCCAAAGAGCUGGUAAACGUCUCUGAAAUUAUUCAACAGCAGCUUCAAAAGAUAUAA